UCUUACUCACAAGUAGUAAGCGAGAGAUGGCCAAAUCUUCACUGCUGCUUAUGACGAUACUGCUACUUGUAGCUCUCAUGAAUCUCUAUCUUGCAAGCUCACACCGUCAACUGGCUAGUUGCCAUCCCAGCGGACACCUACCGGGCAAGCCCGGCCAUUGCGACCCGGGCUACAGCUCUGACUGCUGCAAGGCCGGCAAGUCGUACCCGCAGUACCGCUGUUCGCCACCCAUCACCGGACACACCCAUGCGAAGCUGACCGUCAACUGCUUCGAGGAGAACUGCGACGGAGGUGGCCCGUCGGAGUGCGACAAUAGUUACCACAGUGACAAGGAGAUGGUGGUCGCGCUGUCCACCGGGUGGUACGCCGGUGGAAGCCGCUGCCAUCAGAUGAUUAGGAUCCACGCUAAUGGGAGGUCUGUUCUUGCCAAGGUGGUGGACGAGUGCGACUCGGUGAAUGGAUGUGAUGACGAGCAUGACUUCCAGCCUCCUUGCCCGAACAACAUUGUGGAUGCUUCCCCUGCCGUGUGGAAAGCGUUGGGGAUCUCCACAGACGUGGGACUCUAUCAAGUCACCUGGUCUGAUGCGUGAGCAAGCAAUAGUCUACUCGCUCUAUAUAAGUAAGCGUAUUAUCAAUCAGGCACGUACGUGACUUUGGACAUCUGUGUGUUCGACCUUUAAAUAAUCAAAACUAUUUAGUUUGAAG